AUGCCAGAGACCGUUGGAGAGAACGGCAACGCCGCCCCAGGCCGCCUGUUACUGCUUUCUAACCGUCUGCCCAUCACCAUUAAGCGAUCUGAAGAUGGCAGCUAUUCAUUUUCCAUGUCUUCUGGUGGUCUUGUCACUGGACUGAGCGGUCUCAGCAAGACCACCAGCUUCCAGUGGUACGGUUGGCCUGGUCUUGAGGUCCCUGACAACGAAGUCGAGGGCAUGAAGCAACGACUAAAGGACGAGUACGGCGCGCACCCUGUCUUUAUCGACGACGAACUUGCCGACAGACAUUACAAUGGUUUCUCAAACUCGAUCCUCUGGCCUCUUUUCCAUUACCACCCUGGUGAGAUCACAUUCGACGAGUCCGCCUGGGCCGCAUAUCAAGAAGUCAACCGCCUCUUCGCCAAGACCGUUAUCAAAGAUGUUCAGGACGGUGACCUUAUUUGGGUUCACGACUACCAUCUGAUGUUGCUCCCUCAAAUGCUCCGAGAGGAAAUUGGCAACUCAAAGAAGAACGUCAAGAUUGGUUUCUUCCUUCACACACCAUUCCCCAGCAGUGAGAUCUACCGAAUUCUUCCCGUACGAGAGGCGCUCCUUACCGGUCUACUCGACUGUGAUCUUAUCGGUUUCCACACAUACGACUAUGCUCGCCACUUCCUUAGCAGUUGCUCUCGCAUCCUCGAGUGUCCUACGACCCCCAACGGCGUUGACUGGAACGGCCGCUUUGUGACGGUCGGCGCUUUCCCUAUUGGAAUCGACCCUGAGAACUUUGUCGAGGGACUGAAGAAGCCGAAGGUGCAGGAACGUAUUGCCGCUCUCAGCCGCAAGUUCGAGGGUGUCAAGCUCGUUGUUGGUGUCGAUCGCUUGGAUUACAUCAAGGGUGUUCCUCAGAAGCUGCACGCUCUUGAGGUGUUCCUCACCGAGCACCCAGAAUGGAUCGGCAAGAUUGUUCUGGUUCAGGUCGCCGUGCCUUCGCGACAAGACGUCGAGGAGUACCAGAACCUUCGUGCUGUUGUCAACGAGCUGGUUGGUCGCAUCAACGGAAAGUUCGGCACCAUCGAGUUUAUGCCCAUCCACUUCCUCCACCAGUCCGUCAACUUCGAUGAGCUCACUGCCCUGUACGCCGUUUCUGAUGUCUGCCUGGUCUCAUCUACUCGUGACGGCAUGAACCUUGUUUCUUACGAGUACAUCGCAACACAACAAAAGAACCACGGUGUUAUGAUUCUCAGUGAAUUCACUGGUGCUGCUCAAUCUCUCAAUGGUAGUCUUAUCGUCAACCCCUGGAACACAGAGGAGCUUGCCAACGCCCUUCACGACGCCGUCACGAUGAGCCCCGAACAACGAGAAGCCAACUACAAGAAGCUCGAGCGUUACGUCUUCAAGUACACAAGUGCUUGGUGGGGUGCCAGUUUCGUUGCUGAGAUGACUCGCCUUAGUGCUGAGGGCUCUCAGCCCAAGACUCUGCGCAACGUUUCUGGCGCAGUGAUUGGGUUGGAGCAAAAAGCACAGGAGGUCGUUGCCGGACUCGAGAAGAAGGCGGACGAACUAUUGUCGAGCAAUGGGAACAAGGAGAACGAGACAAGCGAGGAGACUUCCCAAUAA